UUUGCCCAGAGAAUUUUGAGUAUUGAAGCAUACCUCAAGCGUAGAGGUUGGCAGUGUACGAUCAGAGUAAAUGGAACGCAACGCCAGUGCCACAUUUCUUGGGAAUACGCCUAUUUUUUCCCUGUGCGGUUGUCGUUUUCUCUCGGUUCACCCAUCCUUCUACGUGCAUAUAUUUUAAAGCGCAUGCAUAAGUUCUGGUCGAAGUGAGACGUCCAAAAAUUGGCAAAAAGAUCAAAAGAAUUGGACACCCCCGUUUCGAUUGGCAAGAAAAUGUUGUGUUCAUUGUUGAGUUGUAUGUUUGUGCGGAAAACGACAAAUUCGACGAGCUCAUCGUAGGAGCAAAAUACGAAACUUGUGUAGUAGUUGUGUUAAAUACACCUUGUAAAAGGUUUAUCAAGUACUAUAGCGAAUAAAAAAAACGAACGUUGCAGUCUCCACAAACUGUUGUAUCAUAAAGGUGCGGCCGACAAUGGGCAAAAAAGCUGGAUUACAGGAAAAACAAGGUUAAAUACAUUAUGAGAUUUGGUGAAUAUGGAUUCGAUAAACAUUAACCAGCAAACUCCAAGAAAAAACUAUGAAAAAUAGUGGUGGUACUAGUAAAAUAUAUUUGCAAUAACGGCUAACAUUGUGAUAAGAAGUAUAGUCAUACGAACUGAGAUUUUAUAAAUUUCUAACCUAGUUUUGAAAUGGAGCAUCUAGACUUGGCAGUAUAUCAUGCCAAUACAUCGAAAUCAUGGAACUGCCUUGGAUCCUUCGAGCAACAAGAUGGUGCCUGCUUAUCCAAUUCGCGCCAAAUAUUGGAGCCUAUCAUUGAGGAGACAAGCGAGGACGAAGAGAAUUCCCAGGGCGGCUGGAAUGCAUACCAGGAGCAACGCAACAGCUUUUGGAGUUCCACAGAGUCCGAGACGGGCUCCGUCAUUCGCAUCGAAAUACCAAAAGAUAUUGAUGCCAUGUCUGAGAGAGACUUCGCCUGCCCUCCAAAGCGAGCCAAGAGGUGCCAAGAACUGGAUCAAGUAGAUGGUUUGGAUGAAAGCGUACAACUUCGUCAUCCUUUACACCCCGACCCUGAGCCUCAAACCAGCCUGGACCGUUUUUUGUCGCUGGAACCGUAUUCGCGUGACAGUUAUGGAAGUCAGGGCCAAAGAAACAGUACGGGCAGUCGCCGUGGCGGAGUGUUCGAAGACUAUUUCUCUGAUAAUGACUCCUACCACUCGCUGUCCCGCAGCUCUUCUCUGGUGCAAUUUGAGUCCUUGGAACGUCAGCUCACAUUACAAGAACAGCACCAAAGUAUGAGUAGUCUGGGAAACAGCUCACCAUCCCUUAUCAGCUGUGAACAAGGUGCCGGGUUAGCUACGUCCGACGCAAAUCCGGAUAGCAGAAGGGCGUCCGCCUCGUCGCUGACUCUGAUGAAGCGGUACGAGUCAAGCGACGGACGCCUGCACCAAACCUAUUAUGAGCUUAACAAGCUCACUUUUGAGGACCAGCAAGAGCGGAAACUGUUCUCGAAGAACCUGCAUCAAGCAGAGCUAAAGUCAGAUUCGGAGUCUAGUUCCAGCUCCAGCGACGCCAGCGGACACAGUCUUAUUACUUCGUGCUCUGGCCAUGGAUGUGUGGCAGAUGGGCGAAAGCCGGAUGGAGUCGUUACCCGGCGAAUGCCGCUUACCUCGGCAGAAAAUCUUUCGGAGGAUUCCGGCUAUUGUGAGCCAAGCACACUGCACCGUGAUGCGUCCAAAUCGAUAUCCCAGAAUUUUGAUAAACUGUGCGAGGAGGAGGAGAUGCAGCUUCUGGAGGACAGCUCGCUCACUAACCAAAACUCCACCGUCGGAGAUGAUUUGUGUCAGCUGAAAAUAGAGCAGCCGUCGGGCACCAACAAUAUGCCCUGCUCUCAGACGUUGGCUAUUAAUAGUUCCCCGGAGAGGCCAACCUCUUCGGCAUCGUCUACAUCGGGAUCGAUGCGUCCAUCGGCCUCAGCGUCAGCCUCAGAAUCACCUUCACAGCUUCCAUCGCCGAGCGGAUCGGUGGCAUCGUCCGCCGCCUCGUUUACAUGGCUGCAUAACAGUUUGCCCGAUAUACGCGAGCCGCGAGGUUCGUCGUCGCCUAACACUGUACUCGCCUAUCCAGAGCUCCCUACUUACGUCACCGGCUACGUGCUGGCCACUAAAAGCAAACGAAUCACCAGCAGCAGUCGGAGCAGCAGCAGCUCCUCUGCGGCCGAUUUCUCCCCGCCUCUGGGCACUACCCAUUCGCUUCCCAACGAGCUGCAGCAACUCGGACGUCGACGUAGAUCGCGCAACAGCCGGUCCCACCAUCGAAACGCUCGCAGUAACAGCAGCAGCGCGAGUUCCGGCGACGAGUGGGAAGAGGCGGAGGAAAGGCGCGACGACUUCUUCGACUGCCACAGCCUGCCUAAGAUCCGCCGUAGCUGCAGCUGGAACGACCGAGCUGGAGGAAUUAGCCGACGUGUGGAACGUUCCCGGAUUUCAGUGGGCGUGGCCAGUGCUGGAUACCUUAACGCUAGUUACCAAAACCUCACGUUGUUGGAUUACACUGAUCAGCAACCUACAACCGAACAACUUCAGAAAAACCACAAGAGGACAAAAUCUGCCAAUAUGUCAGACCGCAGCAGCGUUUCUGGUGGAGACUACGAGCAGGUGAUCUGCAAAGGAAAUUUUUUGCUUGAUGAGAUCAGCAAAAUCUACGACAAAAAUGUGUCCAUUCUCAACGAUAUGCCCAAUACGGAUAAAGACACAGCUCUAUCCUCCGAUAACAAGACCACUGCGGAAGUACUUCAUAAUACUGAAAUGCUUGAUUCGAGCAUAGUGUGCAAGCUAACAGGAACUGAGGAGGACUCACAAGCAUCGAUCGAGGCGCCUCAAGUGCAGCACGUUCAAUUGACAAUCCGAAAGCCACCGCCGCGAACCAAGCGAAUGGCUGGAAAUCUACAAACUCAUUCAACCAGCAAAGUUGGAUGCCAACCAGCCACAUUGACCUUUAGCAGCUUCGGUAAGACAUUUGACCAGGUCCCAACAAACUUGCGCACCUCAUAUGCGCAAAGCCUGGAGCAGUGUAACUUUGAUAUCCAGGAAGUAACCGCCUCGAAACCACUAGUGCUUCCGACACCGCGAUCACUGCCGAAGCGGCGCUUCCAGUCACAUGCAGCGGGUGCAAAGACACGCAGUCUGGUCAGCAGCACUCCUGACCUUUCUGCCUAUGUUGACCAGCUACCAGAUCAAGACGACGACAUUUAUGUCAGCAGCGCCCACACCUCGAUGCACCAGCUUCCGCAGACUGCCACGCAACCCAAGCCUUUAGGCAUCCUACUGCCAGCUGGUUCCCGAAACUCAUUUAGCAAGGAAGUAAGCUUCUGUCCAGUGGUAAGCAAGUACUGUUGGCAGGAGCAGUCCUCCGAAGAGCCCCAGGAGGAGCACGGAAAUUCUAGCGAGGGAAUCUCGAGCGACGAUGAACUGUUAGACAAUGCUGACGCCACGGUGGUGCACAACACUAAAGAGAACGAGAAUAUCGCUGCACGUUAUAACCAAGAGCAGACACCGAUAUAUCGCAGCGGAGAGGGAGAGUCAUCAAGAGAACCACCGAUCGCCGCUGAAGAGAGCGACGAGAACAACGAAAACAUCGUGGCGAGCGGGAGCGACCCGAAAUGCGAAACUAAAACAAACCAUGAGCACGAGCUAGCUUCAGACACCGCAGUUACAGUUAAUCUUGAACCUCUGCUCUGCCCGCCCGGUUUACACUUGCCAGCCCGGUUCGCGCAAUCAUCGCUACCGCCACUACACACGACGACGCCUACGCCUUCUUACGUCCCCACACCCGAGACCUCCCAUCGUGCGGUGAUACGUCCUUUGAGCCUGCAUUUACCCAUUCUCAGCGAGCCGCCCACCAAUCGUGCUCACCACAUCUUGUACGCCUCUCAACAGCUUCUGCAGCGUUACGACACAGAGGAUCCGGAAAUCGUCAGCGGCGUUGGCGAUAUGCCACCGACCAGUAAUCCUAAGCAACCUGCUGUCGCUGCAGGGUCGGCAGGAGACAAGCACCCUAGUUCCAAGGGCUUCCUUUCUAGGUUCGCUCAUGGGCUGCGCUUGUCGUUGCGCCGUAAAAAGAAACAGCAACAGCUGGAUCCCACGGAACAAAAACAGCCACCAGUGGCGGUCAAGGUAGUGAAUGUGAAACAAAGCCAAAGCAACGAAAAUGGUCGUGGGUGCAGAAGCUCUGAUAGCUUUAUUCAAAUACCACUGAAGCCUCCAAGGAAUGUUCAAUCCGUCUCGCUGGAAAACAGUGUCGUCUCUGAGACGAGUACAGUGAGUUUAAAUAGCGUUCGGCAGCCAGAACAGCUGGCGAAAACCUCCACACUGCAGAAGGUGACUGGUAAGCCGCCGUUGCCCAAGCAGCCUCCCCGAAGUGGCAGCCUGGCGCAUGCGCCUCACGGAACAGCUCAGGGUGCCGUUGCCGUACCCAGUGUUGCCAGUGAAAGCGAAGCAAUGCUCGAAGCCGAGCGGAAGCAGUACCAAAAGUUCGCCAAACAGUUGUCGGCGGGCGUUCCAGUUAAAAUGCGAGACACCGAGUCACCUUCGCGGGCUACUGUGGCUCAGAAGACACAAAUGUUCAAUCAAUUGGGUGGAAACGGCCGGGGAGUACGACCCACCGUGGUCACCGCGGUACCCGUUGCCGUUUCACCCGAGGACUGUGCUGAAAAAAUGGGAUUGAUCGAAACCAAUCUUGACACCCACGAAACAAUUAUUUCAGGAAAAACUCGCUCCCUCAUGGACAUAACCAGUAACCCGCUUAGUCUGCCGCACAAGCGCUAUAUUGUAAAACGCUUAAACGUGUCUAGCGCUGCCUACGAAGUGGAUGAUCUGGACGGGGACGCCGUCAAAAAUGCGAUAGCCGGGGGAGGCGUUCAAAUCGCCUCAGUUCGCAGACCGCACAAGAGCAUGGAAUUCCUGCUUGACAAGGAAAAUCAUAAAAAUGCUUUGCCUCCUGAGAAUGAGCUUCAAAAAUCGCAUGAUCAAAAUCCAGUUGCCUUGAGCGAACAUCAGAUACGUGUUCAGGCCUCUCUGCAGCGGCUCAACAUCCCCGACUGGUUCAGGCACUACAAUCAGGGAGACGGGGCCAGUUCUGAUGGAACGUCUGUCGCGGGACGGACAACUACGGGUGGUUAUCGACCAGGAAACUUUACCCGAAAACGCACACAGGAGUCAAGUCGUUGGCAGGGUCUCAACUCAAAGACGACAUCACUAAGCUCGUUGGGUUCGCAACGUUCCGACCGCAGCCCUUUGCUACUUAGCCCCUCAGCGCACAGCCACCAUGGUGGCCAAAGCUCCUCUACUGGGGGAACGUCGGCUGACGAUGGGUCGGGGCAUGUUCAGACGGGGUUAGGAGCAACCCGUUGGUCCACCUCUCACCUUAACUCUACUCAAACUUCGCCGAUCAUCUCGCAGCGCGGAAGUUUCACGCGGGGGGCACCUAUUACGAGUAGCUUUAUAUCAGUAGCCAGUAGCAGCGGUGUUCUACGGAACUCUUACCGACAGCCGUACCUGGGAUGGCGCAGCACAGAAAAAUUAUCCCAACGGACUCCACAUGAACGUUUGGCGAACUCACUUCUGACGCAGCGUGUAACUCCGUCACCAAAUUCGGUGACCAAUGGAGUCCCUAAUCAGCCUCCUGUAACAUCAGAGAUCCAAAGUUCAAUUAAGGAGGUAACAUCAGCCAUCGUUCACUAUGUAAAUGACCAGCAGCAACAGCAGAAAUCGGAGCAGCAGCGCAGCCGCUCAACCAGUCCAAAUUCAAGAAAGUGCUGGCUUGAGAGCAGCUUCGUGGGCAUACGACCUCUGCACUCUCCACUUACACCUAUGAUUGACAGUAGUCCACCAACAUCAACACAUGGAAACCAUCAGUUACACAGCUUUCCGUACCACCUGCACUUGGAAGACAGCUUAACGCCAGUGGUCACUACUGAGCAGCCAUCGCUUCGCAUGAACGGGCUUAGUCGGGUCGGCGGCGGUGGUGCCCCCGAACGCUCUUUGAGCAGCGCCUCGCUAGAAGAUGUCCUAGCUUCGCUUUUAGGACUGCCAACUACUUUCUCAUCCAACCAGAACAGCAAUCACAACAGUAACAGCAGCAGAACUCAAGGUGCCCCAACGAAGACGACAGCAUCAGAGCCAGCUAGUCGGCAGCAGCUGCAAGCGCUAGCGCCAGUCGAUCAACAGAAGAUUCGCAGAAGGAGUGAAGGCGAUGCAGCACAUUCUAAAAAACCGCCAAUUCAGGAGGAGCCAUAUAACCACUUCCAUUCACACUCAUUGCAGGGUGAAACCAAUAGUCAGAAAAAUGCAUACUCCAGAAACCGUCGUGUAUCAUUGGAAAAUUCUCCGCCUGCAGAACCGGAUAAGGAAAGCAAUGAUAAGCUCAAUGGCGAGCCGCAACCUGGAAUAGGACUUGAGGUGCGCUGUCGAAACACUAAGUGUCUUAAAAGUGCCUCCCCUGCUGAUGCCAAGAAACUGUACAAGUCGUGCCACAACUGUUCCUAUUUGUACUGUACGCGGGAGUGCAGACGAGCGCACUGGGAGAAACACCGAAAGGCAUGCUUGCACUCGCGAGCAUCAAAUCUGUGUCGGCAGGUGCUAGCCACAUGUAAGGACGACACCGACUCGCAACGUCAGCUCAGCCUCCUUGCUCGCAAAGGCAGCCUCUCACAGGGUCGGGGUGUUGUGCGGGUCCUCUUCCGUAGCGCUGAUGCGGCGGAGUGUUUUAUUAAAAACGGGUUUCAGUGCAUGGGCGAGGCCUCAUAUGUGCGCUGGCCAGAUCUUAUGCCUGCGGAAAUGGGCUUGGAACUGUAUUCGGAACUACUGAAACUCAGCACAGAGUACAAGCCAGAGUCCAAGAUGCUAAUCUACGUGGCUAUUUGUGUGGUAUCUGAAGCGCCUGGAAUGGGCCAGGCGCCUGUGCGAUGGGAGCGCCAGCUUGUUUCUCGAUGCGCAAAGCUAAAGCUUUGCAAAUCAGCGUUAGCAGAGAUGGAACUACAGCAGCAAGCACUACAACAGUCGUUAUCGGUGGUGGCAGUGCCGGAACGCACCGAGAUCCUCAUCCUCACUUUCAAUCCUGGCCAACGAACGUUACUUGGAAACCGCGAACUUAUUCUAUCCAACAUACUAGAUAUAUUAUCUCGCCGUGGAGUUAUACUCCGCAAACAUUACCCGGAGAUCUUUCAGCGGCUUCAAACAUUCACAGAGGGACAAAAUGAUAAAUUCAAUCCGGUGACUCUGCACCCUCGCGAUUCUCAAACAGGACAGAGUUUUGUCUGCAUAAUUAUGCCUGUCCACACGGAUGGCGAGCUUAUUAAAUUACCCUCUGCAGCCGACGGCUGCAACCGGGUCACAACAAUUGAUGUGGGCUCUCCAGCCGCACUCGCCCAACUGGAUGAUGAUGAAUUGCUAAUGCGGAGUUCUCCAGCAAGUUGAUUAGUAGCCGGCUACAAUGCGCCCAAAAACGCUAAAGACCUUAUAAAGAUUGGAACUCGCCAGAGCAAAACCAUAUGCUCCCAUUAUCGCUUGGAUGCUGAAAGCUUGGAAUGUAGUAUUGAAAGCACUCGUAUGUGAGGAAGACACUUCUAAUACAUGUUAAUAUUUCUAUAAAGCCCCGAAAAAAAAUUCAUGAAAAAGCUCUUCAAAUGACAAAGCCCUUCACACUUGGUGAAGUGCAAAAGUUGUAAGUGAAAUUAAAAAGUGAUGGACAGUCGAGUGCCUCAAAGAUGAAUACUCGGUGCUUACUUGAGGGAUUGCUACGUUUUAACACGCUAAGCAUUUGUUUAUUUUUUAAUUAUGUUUUAAAAUAUUUGAGUAUAAGAUAGACGCCAUAAAUAGUUACAUUUAAAAAAUAUGAGUAUAUACGAAAUUGUUAUGUUGUGAAAGAUAAAAAAAUGUAAAAAUCUGAUUGACCACAUAUUGUAUCACUAUAUAUAACCCAUGCCAUACGAAAUAUAUUUAUUUCUAAAAUUGUGCUUUGAAAUUAAUAAGACAUGUCUUCUAAAAGCUAAUAUUUUUUUUUAUCAGGAUGAAUUUCUUAAAUCGAGAAUGCAUUUUCUGCCGUCGCGAAGUUACGUUCUCGCGAGUUAAAUGCAAAAAAAAGAUAGAAAACGAAAGUUUGCACCCAUUUUUUUUUUUAUUUCCAAAGACAUUUUAUUUUCCUUUUCAUAAUAAUGGAAAAAACAUGAGGUCGCAAAACGUACGAACAAUAUAAGUCGAAUUGAGUUAAUCCUAAAUGUUGUCUAACAACAUGUUGUAGUACCACUAACUACACAAAAAUGUUAAUAUAUGUUACUAAUAUAUUUGUGCCUUCUGUGGUAGUUUUAGAUCUCGAAUUCCACAUCAAGUAUAUUCUUUUUCUUAUAUAUAAAAAUAUUGGAAACAAACAUAAAACCAAGAUGUGUUUAUGUAAAUCAAUAGCAGGAACUGACUAAAUUCUAUCCAGCGACGCAACUUUAAAUCUGUAGAAAUGGAACGCCCCGAAUUAUUUAGUCCAUUCACAACGGAAUAACCAUUUGUUUGCUAACUUAUGAUUUCAUAGAACAGCUGAUGUGAAAAUUUCAUCGAAUUUGAUUGCGUUAAAAUCCAUUUCGCAUUUAAGGCAUUUAAAAUCCAUUUCGUCAUUUUUUUCACAGAAAAUAAUACAUUUAAAUAUGUGUAUCCCAAUUAUAGGAUAUUAUAUCAAAAAGAAAGUUUCGGGUUAUAUAUUGUGCUAAUAUUCGAUUUAAAUGGGUACUGCGAUUGACUGAAAACUUUAUUUGCAAUAGCCUUUACAAUCUUUAUACAUUUAAAAUAAAAAGAAAUACUAUGUAACAAUAAUAAUUGCUAAAUAAAUAUAACAAUAUAAAACGAGACAUAUUAUAGUAAUAACUUAAAAAAUAAACAAAUAUAAAUUUUAAUAUUAUAAAAUAUUUCC